UGCGUCGUGCGUUUAGGGGAUGUGCACAUCGAACAAAGAGGUGUGGAUGAAUCGGGAACACAUAAGGGAACUAAGAUGAUGAAGUCGGGAAAUGCACUUGGAAAUGGUUACGUGAGCGGGGAAUUCACAUUCAGACCGAUUCAGGUACGAAAAAUGCAUUUUGACAACUUUGCCUCGAUUCUCUCGGAUCGAGUAAGUUGUGAGUGGAUGCAUGUCAACGAAGACGAUUGAACGUCUUCGAUUCUGCUUCGAGUGUCUUCAAAUUUGACAACGAGUGCAAAUCAGCAAUUCCUGGAAGGCCAAACAAUUGAUUUAGUCAAGGAAUCAAAUCUCACAUGAUUGGUACACAUCCAUUGUUUUCUUAAUUUUCCCCAUUGCAGUCAUGGGAUAGUAGAACUGGUACACCAACUCAGUGUAUGGAACGAAUGUCAAUGGAAAAUAGAGAAGAGGGGACAGAAUCGAAACCGUUUGGCAUAGAUGUAAGUUAUUUCAGCACAACUAUCAAUAAGAACACGUCGAAGAACAAUAUGACAUUGAUCCAUAUCAAAGCAAUGUUAUCUUCUGUAUCUCAUUGUUGAUUUUGUGUGGGCCGCUCUAUCCCUUCUUGUUGCUUGUAAACAACAUAGACACCUAUCGAUGAUGUUCUAUGUAUUCGCACUGAAGAUCUAUAUCGUGACAUGCGAGAACGCCAGGUUGAAUUUGUAUCUCCAGCUAAUUACGCCCAGAAUGCUUCAUAUCUGCCAUAUCGCCGGUACUUGGUAGACUGGAUGAGCGAUGUUGGAGAGCAAUGUCGUCUUCACAACUCCACCGUACACGUGGCGAUAUUGUUCUUAGACAAAAUAUUUCGGUCGCGAAACAUCCCAAGGGGACAAUGGCAACUUCUUGCCACUGCAUGCAUAAGCGUAGCGGCUAAGUACGAGGAAGCUGAGGAACAUUGUCCUCCUAUUCCUGACUUGUUGCGACUAACGAAACUUGGAAAUGCAGGCCACACUCCUCUCUCAUUUCGAGAAGGUGAAUUGGAGGUGUUGAGGUAUUUGAAGUGGCAGCUGCGUGCGAUUCCUCCUAUUCAUGUCGUAGGUUAUUUUCUGGCGAAAGGAGUAACAUUCACCGACGAUUCGUGGCAAGGACGAGCCUUGAUCGAAAAGAUCCCGAGAUAUGUGAAAAAGUACGCAGAAUUCUUUUGUAACCUAACACUUCAGGAAUAUGCGUUUCAACAGUAUUUACCUACCCUUCUUGGUGCUGCUAUUAUUCUUGCGUCACGAGUCGCACUAAAUAUUGAACCUAGAUGGAAACCAGAACUGAUGGAGCUAACGGGGUACAAUGAAGUCGAAAUCACUGAUGCAUUUCAUCGUGUCUGGUCUUACUAUGAGGAACAAUUUCCAGGACAUGGAUCAAGAUCAAUAUCUCCCAGAAGUGUCACCAACAUGUAUGGGUAAUCUCUCUCUCUCGUCAUUUUACCCCUGGUACGAUCUCGAACUUUUCAACAAAACUCCUACACAUCUCUUCGGUCGAAAACUCACUGCGUAGGAAACCGUGACACGAUGGUAAAAACGAUGCCCGGAUAUGAAUUAUUCGGAAUGCAAGACUUAGUUCUUGCUAGCCUUGAAAAACAAUCAAUUCCUAGAUAGGUUUGGCACCUCUCUAUUCGAAGAUAAACAGAAAGGUUCUCUAUUUGGAAGAACCGCCGCAAAUGAUUACCAUUAAGACUAACUAGUAUAAGUAAGCUCCUGAAUGAAAUGAAAUAGCUACCAUACA